GGAAUCUUCCUCAAUUUAGUACGCACAUAGCCAAAAAAAGAAGAAAAAAAAAAAAAGGAGGAGAAGCCUGGCGUCCGUCAAUCUCUCUUCUCCGGUGGACUUGUUUCUCCUACAGAAUCUACACCGUCGGUGGCACGAAUCUCACCUGAGAUCCACAGCUGAGAUCCCGCUGGAGCAUCCAUUAGUUAUUUUUGAAUUUCGAACGACCCAAUUAUCGCCUACCAGGAGAUCGGAAGGUGAAAAUUCCGGUGGAAUUAAUAGCGAGCGAGGGAGGGAGUUGAACACCAGUUCAAGAGAUCUUUCUGUGAAAACAAAAGGCUUCGAAUUUGAUCGCCGAUGGGUUUGUGGGAAGCUUUUCUCAAUUGGCUUCGCAGCCUCUUCUUUAAGCAGGAAAUGGAGCUUUCCUUAAUUGGACUUCAGAAUGCUGGAAAGACCUCACUUGUAAAUGUUGUUGCAACUGGUGGAUAUAGUGAAGACAUGAUCCCUACGGUUGGAUUCAACAUGAAGAAAGUGACAAAAGGAAAUGUUACCAUAAAGUUAUGGGAUCUUGGAGGUCAACCUAGGUUUCGCAGUAUGUGGGAGCGGUACUGCCGGGCUGUUUCUGCUAUUGUUUAUGUGGUUGAUGCAGCUGAUCCAGACAACCUUAGCAUCUCAAGAAAUGAGCUUCAUGAUUUGCUUAGUAAGCCCUCACUUAAUGGUAUCCCUCUGCUGGUGUUAGGGAAUAAGAUUGACAAGCCAGGAGCUCUGUCAAAACAGGCAUUGACUGAAGAAAUGGGACUCAACUCAAUUACAGAUCGAGAAGUUUGCUGCUUCAUGAUCUCUUGCAGGAAUUCAACAAACAUUGACUCGGUUAUUGACUGGCUUGUGAAGCAUUCCAAAUCAAAAAGCUAAAGAGGCUCUUUGUUCUCAAUGAUGAAUUCUUAAUUCUUAAUUUAUGAGGGAUAUAGUUCAUGUUGUUCGAGAAUUUCGCUCUUCCUCCCUUAUUUGCUCACUAGAGGCUGUCUGAUAUUGUCUUCUUGCGUAGUGUACAUUAUAUAAUUACUUCAUUUUCAAUUGAGGAAGUGUGAGGCUUUGGUUUGGUAUUUCAUUGUCUCUGUAUGUUUGUUCUCUCUCGGGAGAAUAAAUUUUUGAAAAGAUAUUGAUACUAUUGAUAUGUGUAUAAAUUAGGUUUGUGUUUUGUUUAAUAGCUUGUUUCCGUAAUUUAGGCAUUGAGAGCCUAUUAUAGAACAGAAAGAAAUCAACAGGGACUAAAUUG